CGUUGAUAAUUCGAACGCUGCACUUGUAACGGAUGUUCUUUGCGCGUUAACGUUGCGUGCUUUAAUGAGAGCAAGGAUAGUACACUGUGAAAGACCCGUGGACGCUGUUGUUACCUUGGGGAAUCAGAUAACCACAAACAACGAGACCGGACCUCGAGUCGAACACGCUAUGGCAACGCUCGAGUGAAUAUUUGUCUGGAGCAUGAUAAGGUCCACUUUAGGUACAUUGAUUCUAGGCAGACAAUCUGUUCACGCAAUAAAUGGUUCCCUGGCACGGUUUAUGCCUAACAGGUUAUUGUAACGAAAAAAAUGUUAGUUGCGCAAAAAUAAUGCCCUAUUGUUUGUCCAUUUAAACAAACUUCAACCUGUCCAGAACCGGACACACAAAAUAACAGAGUAAAGUGUAGUAUUCAGUGGAAUAUCUAGAAUAUAAGUGUUCUAAUUUUGUUUUAUUGUCACGCUUUACUAGUUUGACCAGGGUCAUAGACAUUGACGUAUACAACUAUCUAAGUGCAAGAAUUGUGCAUUAUCAUUGACUAAAUUGUGAACAUGGAAGCAUACAGGCGGCUCGCGUGAAACAUACACUGUACGACGUGAGACGUUCCUAUUUAAAAUCCAGUGGGGAGAAGUUUAACUUGUUUUGACUACACAGUGCCAACCCAAUGGGUAAAGAAAUAGAACUAGUGAGAACAUUGUCCAUUUGCCGCCAAUUUACACGGCUCUAACACUUUCUACCGAGGGCUUAAACCUCUGAGCUAGUCACGUAUAAUUUUGUGAAGGGUUUAAACCUAUUAUCGACACACGUCGCUAUUAGUGACGGAAUUUAAACCUCUUAGCGAGAAAUGUCGCCUUUGGUGGAUGAUUUAAACCUCUGAGCGAGACACGUCGCUAUUGGUGAAGGGUUUUAACUUCUGAUUGAACCACGUCGCGGUUGUUGACGUGGUUUAAACCUCUGAGCGAGACACGUCGCUGUUGUUGAAUGGUUUAGACUUCUGAGGGCGACACGUCGCUGUUUGUGAAGUGUUUUAACCUCUUUCCAAACCCCUUGCACAUUGAUGACCAUGCAGAUCAAGUACAAGUCCCUGCUCAGCGUCCUUUCGAAGACAGCCGAGUGUAGGGCGGAAUACGAAUGUCAAGAACUCGUUUCCUGGUUCAAAAACAAGUCCGUCCUGUUUAAUGACCUAAAGUCAGAAAUCGUGGCGGACGUUAUACGUCACUGCGGGUUCGAACGUAAACGUAAAGAUGACGUUCUUAUAAAACAGGGAGAAAUCGGCGAUAGGCUGUACAUAACCCUGAAGGGCCAGGUAUCCAUCUACGUAAUCCAGGAACAGAAGGACUCGCCCGCAGAGAUCUACCAGCAAGUUAACGCCGUCUGCUCCAAGAAAGACCUCGAGCGUGAAUUCCUCGGCCAGUAUGUGUGGUCAGGAGGCGAGGGGAAAUCGUUCGGCGAGAUGGCUCUCCUCAAAGUUGACUGUAUCCGCACCGCCACCGUGGUCGCCGACAUGGACACCGACCUGGUCGUCAUUGACCGGAACCUCUACAACCGCUCCGUGCGUGACGUGCUGGAGAAAGAGUUCGAGCAGAAGGUCAACUUCGUCGAGAAGAACGUCCUGUUCCACGGGUGGCCCGUGAAACAACAGAAGCUCCUCACGGUUGCCUUGAAAAAAGAGACGGCCAAAUUUGGGUCGUACAUCAUACGACAAGGAGCACCCACGGAACAUAUGUUCUUUCUGCUAAGUGGCGAGAUAGAGAUCACGUGCGAUCAAAGUCUGUUCCGGAGUCAGUACGAGGACAUCUGGCGGGAGAUGGAGGCGCUACUGCCGGGAUUAUUACCAAGAAGUAGCGGUCACUGCGAGUCUCCCCACGAGAUGAUGCGACGUAAAAAGUCCCAGCACAAGAUCAUACAGAUGUGCCUGCUUGGGGGUAACGAGAUAGUGGGCGCUACAUCCGUGGUUCUGGGACUACCCAACUCACUGGACAACGCCAUGAUCACUCGGGAGUCCGAGAUCCUCGUGCUGUCUAAAAAUAACUACGAUCGUCUCUUUAACAAGAAGUUCGCGCAGAAAACCCUAGCCAACUUGCGGGAGCGUCUUACCAUGCGGAUAUACCUCUACAUUCACCGCUGCGACACGCUGCAUCAGGCCAUAGGAACGCCGUUCUUAAAAUAUCUGAUAUUUCUCUUACAAGACGAUAAUGCUGUGGAAGAGCUACGGCGGACGAAACGACGGGAACUGGAAGAAAAACGCGGCCUAAGGACGCAGACGUACGAGGAAACGGAGAAAUAUGACUCUAAGGAAGCGCUUCAAAUGGCUAACAUGCUAAAAUUGUUGAACAUUAACCCUAAAGAUCGAGGUCAAGGUCGCCUCCCAUCCGUGGAGAGCAGCCAGCGCGUGAUUAACGAGAUUGAGGAGGGUCUGCGCAGCUGGGUGGAGCGCUCCCGCGGAGACUCCUCUAACCUGGAGACGCGCUUUGAGGUGCAGCCGAGACCACGUCUCAUGACCUUUCACGGACCGGGUCAAUUGAAAACGACUUCAGUCAGUCAGGACUUUUUAAAGCCAGACCUCAAGAACGCGAUGAGCAUGCGCAGGUCAAGAACUCCCACUGAUUGAAGAAAUGUGAAGACUCAUCAAUUACUUUUAUGAACUCUUACAACUUGUAUUACUAGUGUAUAACUACAGUGAACUUUUAACAAGCAUUAAUGAUGAUCAUGAUCAUUUGACUCCAGAUAUUUCAGACUUGGACAUGUUGCAUGUUCACGUGAAAAAAACUAAAACAGGUUGUCUCGAGCUGUAUAAUUCAGUCGCGUUCUGAGAAAACUGGGCAUAAUGCAUGUGCGUAAAGUGUCGACACUUUCCGCAUUAAUUAGAUUUUUGAUAAGAAGAGCCUUCAUUUAAACGAAAAAUGUCAUAUAAGCAGAAAGUUUCGUCCCUAAUUAGGCUAUGCGGACUGCACAGGCUAAUCUGGGAUGACACUUUACGCACAUGCAUUAGGCCCAGUUUUCUCAGAACAAGGCUUAAUUGAAUGCAACACUACCGCAACUUUCAUCCGUCCAUUAGUUACGAUUGUUGUUAGUUCAUGGUUAAAGUUCCAGGGGCUACACAUGAAUGAUUGAUUCCAUUAAAUUUUACCAAAUAACAGUUGACAAUACCUUGACGAUAUGUAAAUUUCUAAAGAAGUUCAUGUUCAUGUAGAAAAACAAUUAAAGCUGACGACUAUAAAUAUAUAUAAUUUUAUAAAAUUUAACUGAAGUUGUUUCUGGCAUUUUCACCUGCAUUUUUAUUAUGGCAUAUGGUGUUUGUAUUCCAGCGUUUUAGUGCGUAUGUUUUGUUGUGUUAAAUUAUUUACAAUUAAUGUAUAGAUAUUUUAUAUGUACGCUAUAUUUUAUUUAUCCAUAUUGUAUUAUUGGAAAAGCCACAACAUAGAGCAAACACAUUGGAUGGUUUAUUGACUGCUUAAAAAUAUUUCGUAUAUGGUUGAGUAAUACGGUCCCAAUAUACUGUUGUUAUCAAGACCGAUAAUUACUUCAUUUUACAAGCUAUGUAUUAUAUACCGUUUUAUAAUUUGAUAACUGUACAUGUACAUAUUUUUUCACAUUAACGUCGACUUCCCAAAUGAACAAAUAUCGCGAAUGGUAUCAUUUGUUUUCUAUGUAAACGCUUAUUCCGUGUUUUGGUUUAAAGGGGCCUUUUCACAGAAUUUGGCAUUUUUUAACUUAUUCAUUAAAUGCUUUUUAUCGAUAAAUGUAAACAUUGGAUCGUAAAAGCUCCAGUAAAAAAUCAAGAAUAAAAUUAAAAAAAGGAAAAGAACAUUGCCCGGACCAGGUUUCGAACCAGUGACCCCUGGAGUCCUGCCAGAGUCCUGAAGUAAAAACGCUUUAGCCAACUGAGCUAUUCCGCUGAUUACACAUAUGAGGCGUAUUUUAUACCUUAUAUAAGCUAUCUUCGUAGUUUCACAAAAUUUAACGACAAAAACAGAACUCUCCAAAUUAUUCAAUCGUUUCGCGUUGCAACGCUUUAUAAUUUUUAGGUUUUAAAAUCGUCAAAAGAUGCAUAUAAUGGCUAUAUUAGACCAUGGUAAAUGUUCAGUAUAACUGUUUCCUCACAAAUAUCAUAACUAAAACGAAAAUUUGCGAAUCUGAAACAACUUUUUUCAAUUUUGUCAAUUUACCAAAGCGUGAAAAGAUCCCUUUAACGUGUAAUGCAACUGACGAAAUAAACAUGCUCACAAAAAUAAAAAUAAAAUAGAACACAUCAA